CUUCUCUACUCUAUGGUAGGUUUGGUUCGGAAUCGGUUCGGUUGUGUUGUGAGCGAGCGGAAAGAAUUUGUUUUUACUUGUGUUUCCACGAUACUCUUCCGUGUUUUGUGCUAAUAAAAUAAACAUGGAUUGAAAAUAUCAAUAUUUAAUCUGCAGAAUAUAUUUGCAAUAUUCUACAAUCAGAUUGGAUUGGUAAAUUAAGUGUUGCGAUGUCUUCUACGCCAAAGCAAGUGAACGGUAGUGCGACGACUAACGGAAACUUGGGAAAACGAAAGAAAACCCGAAGCAGCAAGGGCUCAUACUUAACGAAAUGGUUGGACAAAACCAUGCACCAUGUACCAGAGGUGACUCCUAAUUUGGAAACGUACGAUUACGGAGGCGCAGGGUGGCAAAUGAAUGGUCAGUUUGCGCCAGGGUUCGACCCGUGUAGAUUAUUGUACGGUUGUGCGGAGCCCGCCUCGUUGCCUACGCUGCCCACCUACUACAACGGGCCUGUGAUCGGAGCCUUCUACGGGCAGGAGCAGCGCUACCAGCCGGCGCGCGGCGCGGCGGGCCCCCGGGUGCGGCCGCGGCGCCGCGACAAGCCUGAGGACGUGAGCGGUGCGCCCGCGGCCACCAACGGAUCCUUCAACAAGAGCUACCUGCAGUCUAAAAUGUUCUCAGACAGCCAGGAUUACGCCAGCUUACCACCCAUAGUCACAUCUGUGGCUGACACCAACUCUAACAGUGACUUGUACACCAAUGAGAAGGAAGAGGCAGGCACCAAUAAUCGCCGAUAUAGUGACCCAUGUGUGCAGGGCUUGCCAGAUGUAGCGCAGCCAGCUAAGGGGGAGGUAGACUCGGGGUCAGAGUCCAGUUCUGGCCUCUCUGGCAGUCAGGUCGGCAGCCGAUUGCUCUCAUGCCUGCUAGACCAAAUAAACACUUUGAAAAUUUCCAAUGAAAGACUGAGUAAAGAGCUGCAGGAGACAAGAGCGGAGUUGGCGUGCGUGAGGCAACAGAACACAAUAUGGCAGAAGAGUUCCAGCUCCAGUCUCGGAGGCACCCCCAACCACUCACAUCUCAAUAACAAUGGUAUCCUGGGCGCGGGCUACUCCCCGGGCGUGCUGGCGGAUCUGGUGCGUGAGAUCCGGGACGCGGCGCGGCUGCGCGAGGAGGCUGUCUACUGCCGGGUGGGCGCCAUGCUGCGCGAGCGCACUGAGAAUGGGAUUUCACAAGACACAAAACUGUCAGAUAGAAGUCUGGAGGAUAUAAAGAGUUCGCUGCGCGCGGCGGAGGCGGACAAGCGGCGCAUGCUGGAGCGCAUCGGCAAGCUGGAGGACGAGCUCACCAGGGUCUCCCGGGCCAAUGGUGUGGAAGCCAAGGAGGGCGCCCCUGCCGCCGCCGCGGAGGAGACCGAAGAGCUGACGCGCCUGAGGAAAGAAGUCACCGACGCGAAGAAGGCGAAGGUCAAUGCUGAGGAGCACGCUUUGAAACUCGAACGCCUCGUGACGCAGCUGCGUUCGAAGUUCAACGGCGUCCAGCUCAGCCCGAGCGGCCCCGAGUCGCUCCCGAGCGAGCCCGAGCACGAGGCGAACGCUCGCGUGCGAAGAACCAGCUCUUCCAACAACUCAACCGUCGUGUUCGGACCCGUCACAGACUUGUAACGAACGUUCGUGGCCCGAGAACUCGUUGCGGUGGCUACCGACCUCGUUUGGUCGAUUGUUGGAUUAAAAUAAUGGGACUGUUGGAUUAAGAAGUGCGUGCAAAAAGUUUGUCGAGGUGAGUGUUGCCAUAGCAAAUUCUGGUCGCGAUAUUGGUUAGGAAACUUUUCGGACUAAAUUAAUUAGAGCUUUGGUAUUUGGAUAGAAUUAAAUACGUUGUAAUGUUGAAAAUGUAAUCGAAAUUACUUAAUCCAUGUUAUAUUGUUAACCCAUUUAAUUCAAUUACACACUUAUAAAAUAUGGUUAUUGUGUUCAGUAGAUAUUCCAGUUACUUACACAAAAAUAUAAUAAUUUGAUUAAAACAAUACUCAUACUUAAUAAAAUAAUAAUUAAAUAUUCAGAAAUUAGGAAAGAAAAAUAUAGAAAUAAAGAUAAAAUAAAUAUAUUUUUAUAGAAUCUCAGUAAAUGACUUUGUAGUACAAAGCUCUUAUCGAUAAAUAAUAUCUAUCACAACAUAGUCCAUCAAGAUUAUCUUCCCAUCAAAACAAAACACAAUUUGGAGUUCAACAAUGUUGGUCCCUAUUCUUAGUACGAAGUGAAAAAUUGAGUAAAUUACUCACUCAGCCAAGUGAUUCCUCAUAAGGUGAUGUAAAUUAAACAGCAAAUAAAGGCGAAGUAGUCGGUGCAUGUAUUUACAGCAUUCCGCCAUUUUUCCCCCACGAGAAGUGGUGUGAAUGUUGACGGUUUUAAUUUUUGUGCAAUCGCUUUUUGACACAUCACCGUGGCCAUAAUGGCAUGGCCACACAAGGAAGCUCAGAUUAACAUCCAUAAUCUUUAAAUCCCAAAUUCUCUGCGUUUUGUUUAGAAACACAUAGUGAUAAUUUGUUGUGCAGUUUUCUGUUUUAUUAUUUCUUUAGCCAACUGCUUGUCUACUGAAUGUGCUUUUAUCGCGUUUUUCGAUAGUUAAAUAUGUACUAAUAUUUACAGUACACGUUAUUUUGACUAACAUUUUCGUUUAGCUGAGUUCGAAUUUUAAUAUUUUAUGUUUCAAUUUAAUUUAUGUCCCAAUAUUCAAUAGCAAAAAUGCUCAUUUUUUACGAAUUUAUGUUUAAAUGUUUUUGUGAUUAUGUCUGCUCAUGUUAUUGUGAUUUUCGUCUCAACUUAUUUAUACGUCAGGUAAUUUUUUAUAUUAAUAUGUGUGUGUGCUCUCUAACAACACCAUUAACUAAUCUGUAAUGUAUAAGGAUUUGUUUUUAUCAUCGCAUUUUAGAUAUAAUUUUGAGACAGAUGUCAACAACUUUGAAUUGUUUUGGAAUGGUAAGAAAUAAUUAUAACACUACAUCAAUAAGUAAGUACAUUUUAUCUUGUAAAAUCCUAGUUUCAUCAGUUUUAAUUUAAUUUUAUGAUAAUGCGUGAAAUGGUGUUUGCUCGUGAUUUAUUUUGUAUCAACAUUGACUCAUUUUUUAAACUAAAAUAGUAUCUAACUUUUAUUUCACAAACAAUUUUAUUAACUAUCGUAGACUGUAAUAUGUAGAAUGUAUAGUACAGGGUGUAAUUUCAGCCAAAACGAUCCUCUGUACCAAACAGAAGGUUUAUAACUGACGAAUUAUAGAACUUUAUAUUUGCUUGCCUGAUCUUAUACCCAGUAUAACAACAAUACUCAUCAUCUAACAACCCACUAACCACCGACACCACGACACGUAGAAUAGACUGAUCCUUUUAUUUAUUAACUUAUUUGCCUAAUUAAUAACCCCAUACCAAAUUAUAUUAUAAUGAUAUAUUUUAUAGUUUUAGUUAUAGACUUUUAGCUGACAUUUAGGUAUAGGUAACACUCUUACGUUUUUUUUGCAAAUACUUAUACUUAUUGAUUUAAAAUGACAGAUCGGACGGAAAUAAAUGAUAUUAUUUAAUUCUCAACUAUGUGAUUUAAAAUCUGUUAGUAAUUUGCCUAUAAUUUGUUACGAAAUACAUGUCAUGCGACCUUCUAUUAAGUAAAUACUUUGUAUAUUAACG